AUUAGAGCUACUUCCAUUGCACCAGCGAAGCUAGUCACUAGUGAAGUUAUUGGACACGAAACAAUGUCGACAGUUACUUCUCACACCCUACUGAGCCGGCCCACCAUAUCUUCUGCUGGAUUAUCCUUUGGUUUUGUGAAACCAGCAGUGGUAGGUCUCCCUUGUGCCUCUGCAGGGAAGAACAGGCCUCGUUCCAUCUGCUACUCUGUGGAUACCAAGAGCGCCGACCAUCAAUUCAACAUCUCACCAGUCGCCCUUGUGCAUCCAUACAUGCCGCCCACGUCAACCCAUCGAUGGGAGAUCAAGGAUGACGGCAAGAAUGUCAAGCUGACAUUAUUCAACAUGCCGGAGGAUGCCAUGCCAGGCGACUUCCAGGUCGUCAUUGAAGACGACGUACUCGUAAUCAAGACAAAACCCAAGCCGCCGGCAGAGCAGCAAGGAGUACCCGACAGCAGCAUCUCGUUCCACAUCCGGCUGCUGGUGCCAAAGGGGUAUGACAAGGAGAACGUCCGCGCCGAAUACCAGCUCCGGGCACUGGUGGUCACCAUCGCCAAGGUCAAUCCUGCAUUCACCAAGGAGGUUCCUAUCGAUGGGAAAUAGGAAUGCAGGAACCCUGUUUCCUGGCAAUGUCACGUCCAUAUUUCAUUGCAAUAGGUGUGCAUGUGGUUUAUCAAUUAUCAUGAGGCAUACCGAUGAAUAAAAUAUCUGCAAUGGCAUUAUGUGAAGGUGAUUUUCUUGAAAGAUUGGUCAAUUAUGCUAGUUAUUCAGGAUUUUAUCAGGCAGGCAACGUGGGCAAUGUGGGAUGGACUCAGCGUGGUGUCACAGUGAGAAACCUUAUUAAUGUUUAGUGCAAUGAAUUGGAUUCCAAACAGGAUAUUCGAACAA